AUGGGGAUUUCACCUAUGGAUGAUUUCGACGAUUGGGCGCCAUUGUUAACCUACAAAAGCACGCAGAAGCUUUUCUUGACCGACUUGCCAGAAGUGGAUAACGACUUCGACGACCUUCCACCUCUGGACGAUUUCAAGAAAGAGAGCGAGGAAGAGGAUCAAGAACACAAGCAGUUACUACAACUUGUUCCGAGUAGUAGUACGAUUAAGAACAAGAAGAGUGAGUUGGAAUACGAUGAGAUUAAGAAACACUUCCAUUUGCCAAUCACAGAAGCUGCUAGUAAGAUGAACAUUGGUUUGACAUUGUUGAAGAGAAGGUGCAGAGAACUCAGCAUCAAGCGUUGGCCUCAUAGGAAAAUCAAGAGCUUGCAUUUACUCAUACAAACUCUCAAGGAGACAGGUUUGGACAAUGAAGUUGAAAUGUUGGAGGAAGAAAUAAACAUGUUGAAGCAAGUUCCAGAGACGGAAAUCACACAAGAGACCAAGAAACUAAGGCAGGCUUAUUUUAAAGCCAAUUACAAAAGGAGGAAACUUUUGGCCUCUAACUCUUCUUGA